CUGUUCCUGUCAUAGGGGGUAUAGCUGUUGCAGUGAUCGUUAAGUGAGCUCAGCUUUGCUAACACCCAUAACAAUAGCCCGCAUCGCACCUCCUUUUUAGGGGUUUGUUUGGAUGCAAUUUUUGGAGUGAAAAACACGUGAAACUCAUUGUCAGUGCUUUUUUGAGGUACAGUUCGGUCUCAAAGAUGGCCACAAACGACACGACGGGUGCGUCCAACUCGUCGACAACCGAUGAGACGGUUGGUAGUGAUGUCCGAAAACCUGUUUGUGUAAUAAUAUUAGGAAUGGCCGGAAGCGGUAAAUCAACACUUUGUGGUCGCGUCGGUCAACAUUUAUUUAUGAAGAAGUCUGUCCCUUAUGUUAUCAACUGUGAUCCGGCUGUCCUUAAGACACCAUUUCCAGCAAAUAUAGACAUUAGAGAUACUGUCAAUUAUAAGGAAGUGAUGAAAAAAUACAAUUUGGGACCAAAUGGAGCCAUCAUUACAUGUCUUAAUUUGUUUGCCACACAAUUAGAUCAAGUGAUCCAAUUGAUUGACAAAAGAGCUGAUAAUUAUGAAUAUGUCUUGUUUGACACUCCGGGACAGAUUGAAGUGUUCACGUGGUCCGCAUCGGGUGCUAUAAUGACAGAAGCUUUAGCCUCACGGUAUCCAACUGUGAUUGUGUAUGUGAUGGACACAAUCCGCAGUGAAAAUCCUGUGACAUUCAUGUCCAACAUGUUGUACGCCUGUUCUGUGGUUUAUAAAUACAAAUUACCGAUAAUUAUUGCAAUGAAUAAAUGCGAUGCCAUUGACUGCAAGUUUGCAAUGGAUUGGAUGCGCGAUUGGCAGUUGUUUGAGUCGGCCAUCGAAAAGGAGACAUCUUAUAUGGCAAACCUAACCAGAUCUAUGUCUUUGGUUUUGGACACGUUUUAUGAAAAUUUGACGGCAGUCGGCGUUUCGGCCACAACUGGACAAGGAAUGGAUGAUUUGAUUAAUGCCAUCAAAGCAGCGGCCGUUGAAUAUGAAAAUGAUUACCGACCCGAAUAUGAGAGGAUUAAACGGGAGGCACAAAUGGCCAGAAGUAAAGAACGAGAAAAACAAUUAUUAAAAGUGAAACAAAAGGGAACGACAGAAAAGGAGGAACUAAUGACUUUUGGUGACCCGUCGGCCACUGCAUAUCGGGAACGACGUGAUGAUGAAGAUAGUGAUGACGAUUCUGAUCAUAAUUGUGACCUCAAUGAUGAAGAAGAAGACGAAGAAGAGAAACGGGAAUAUAAAGAAUUUAAGAAGACUUUUGUUUCAUGA